AAUUUAAGUCUUUUAUAAAAUAAAACACAAAUAUAUGAAAAUAUGACAUUUACUAAAUAUUUGUCAAUUGAAAAAAAAAAUAAAAAAAUAAACUCGCGGUUUGAAAACGCGGGUCAAAAUCUAGUUAACUGUUUAAAACUAAAGACAAUACUCAUGUAUGUGAAAAGAGAGUUUAGAAUACAUCAAUACAAUUGUAUAAUAAAUUUAUGGAGUGUGUUGCUAUUAUUUCAGGUGGAGUAUGAUUUUCAAUAUUAUAAAAUGGAAAUGGCCACUGACGCUCAAAUGCUCAUCUUCUCCGAGGGGAAAUCGAACAUAAUGCCUGCUGAUUUGGUUGUACCGUUUCAACCUUCCCAAGUGAACUCAUUGCAAGUCAUCACACCAGAAACAGCAGAAGCUUGGAGGUGUUACUUAGCUACUUGCAAAUCGUUAUCCAACUCCAUUGGGGAGGAGUUGCAACAGGUACUGGAGAAUGAUUUGGUUGAAUUAAGGCAAACGGAUCGUAGUUUAGGCAGCCAAGACUUGAGCAGAUUGUUGACAAUGGCUCGCAUGAUGUCUGUGAGUUAUGGGGAGACCACUCUUUCGCUAGAGGACUGGCAAAUGGUGUUGGAACUAGAAAGACUAAGAAAGGAGAGGCUCAAGUAAAAAGCGCCUCUUCUGGAUUGUUUGGUAUGUUGUAAUCUCUACUGAGUUAUGAUUAAGAAGAAGAAGCGUUUCCUAUCUAUUUACUGAGCACCAAAAACGUGACCAAAGUUCAUUGGAACUCAGUUCCUACCUGAUUUCUUUUGAAUA